AUGAUCAUCCACUGCAACAGCGUGCCAUUUCCACCACGGUCCCAGGUCCACGGAUCGCCACAGUCAACAGGCGAUAACGACGAAAACCGGGUUCUCCAGCGUCCCCACGAACCAAUCAGCCAAGUCGGAUUUCUCGCUGCCGACACAAACGGUGAGACAAGAUUCGCAGGGAGACCGACUGGUAGCGUUGGAAGCAUUGAUCCAGAGUUAGUGGGUGGCUACAAAGGACCAUUGCUAUUCUGCGGUCUGCGAUACCACCUCGACAUGAUAUCCUUCCGGCACAUAGUCGAAGAUCUGCGCUCGUGUUGGUACGAUGCCAUGAUCGAUGCCGAGAGGCGGAUACAAGGCCCCAUCAAGGGCGUUCGUAUAAAUUGCCUCGGCGACACUAUUAUCAGUAAGCGACCAAAAUACGAACCGAUCAAUACACUCCACAAUACCUUCUUCGACACUGAUCGUAUCUUUAAGAUCCCUGUAGGUGAGAAGAUCGGUAUCCCGUUAGAGGUACACCUAAUCGAGCCUGCUGUACCGUGGAGGAAUCGUCGUCUUUAUGGCGACACGAUUAUCCCAUACUCACUCAGUUUCGACGCGCGGAUACUUAACCCGGCGCAGUGGCGGAUGAUUACAGGCUCGAUUAUGAUCAUUCGCAAAGACCUCAAGCCGCUUCAUUGCGCCCAUAUAGAGGCACUAUGCGAGUACUGUCUCCGGGAAAGCUUCAGUUCCGCACAACUAUCCGAUCUGCCCGGAGGACCUCAUAGCCCUCAUCAAGACUUGACUCCAUUUAUCGACAUCGUUCAGCAAGCAAGUUCUCAGCAGUUGCUGUCUCGUGCGUCGAAACAGGGCUUUUCAGACUUCUACCUCGACUUCAUGCACAACGGUGGACACGCGAAGUAUGGAUUUAUUACUUCUCCUUACAUAGUCUAG